CCUCUGGCGAGGGCAAUGGUGACUGUUUUCUGUCUGCGUACAAACUCAGGAAGCCUUUCUGCCUCUCCCCACCCUAUAAACACACACACGGACAUUCCUCCAAGCCCAUGUAGAGAUUACCUCCAGGUUGCAGUCUUGUAGGAAGAAAUGCGGCACUGGUACUAGAGAGGGUAAGUCAGUCUUUUUUCUUAGCUAAGGGACUAACAGUGCAACUGCGUCUACGGGUGCCACACGACAGUGUCAUAUGCUUUUGUAAUAAUAGCGUAAUUACAGACGAGAAAGGUGCGUUAAACUGUACCAGUGCUCUCCGACAGGGGUCUGGGGGUGGGGGACACGUCUUUAUAGAAGCCUUGACGGGAGGGGUACGUUCUUCGUAAUGAACGUACCUUGCCACACGUAUAAGUUGUGUUUCUAUAUUUUCAAACGUUAGUAAGCUGUGCCAAGAAGAAUUUCCACCAGCCAUGGUCACGUGACAAUAAGUAUUCUGAUCUGAUUAAUGAGAAUAUUCGUUGGAUAGGGGAAAAGGCAUUUAGCCGCUACUCUGCCGUAUAGUUCUACUCCUCCCCGCCUCAUUUCGUUUUAUUUAUGUUGGGUUCCCAGUGCUGCUUUUACGCAUGAAGAGCUAAAUGGACUCGUUCUCAUGGGGACCCUUCGCUUUUCUCUGACUCUGAGGCAAGCCGUGGCCUUCUACCAGUCUCUGCUCUGCUCUCUGCCGAUGUACCGCUGUGCCGGUCAUAUGCAGCGACCGGUGGAUUUCCCAAACCUCUCGGCUUGGCACUGCUUCCCCGUGGGGUGGUACGGAAGCGGGCUGUGUCCCCCGCCAAGCCUGAGUCACCCAACGCGGGCUGCCAAUGGCUGUUGACUUUGCGCUCGUCUUCAUCACGUUUGCUUGUUGGGUUUCUGCUUAUCGAGGUUACAGCUUAACUUUUGUUUUGCCUUUAUUUUAUUUAAAAAUAAAUCCUGAUUCAGACGGAUACAACCACGAUCAGCUAUGGAGACUACGGUGUGAUAAAAUAUAAAUAUUGUGCAAAGAUGCGCACAGGUUGCAUAAUUUCUACUAUAAAAUUCCCUUUUGUGCAGAUUUGUUCAGUGAAUUUAUCAGCAGUAAUGUGGAUUUCAGGCCAGAUCAUUUAAAUGUUCCAGGACUGAUUCUAAUCCGUCGGUCUGUUUCACGGUGAAGCCCCAGUCUGACAGCGAUUUGAUUUCGGUAUAGCUGCACAUGUGCAGCACUGAAGGGCAGACCGUGUCUACGGCCAGUGUCCCCCCUGCUGACGAGGGAAAGUCAUCUGCUUAUGACAGGAGGAUCCGUCAGACCCCCGAGCUCCCCAAGCCUCCUAUGAAUACUUAGAUGAGCGGCUUAUUUUCCAGCCGCAGACAAGGACUAAUUUCUCUGCUGUUCAGCGCAGCUGCUUUCCGACUUAAUUUAGCCACUCUUUUCUUUAAAACCCGCACAAUCUCUUAGAUCCAUGUAGGCUACUGUGUUUUUCAUAGAAGCGUUAAAAGCGGCACGCAGUCGUGGUUAUGAAUUUCGGUGCCGACUUGGGGUCACCCUCCGGGAUGGUAGCCAUCUUAUUAAUGGUCUGUAUCAUCAGCACCUGUUAUGUUACAGAUGCGAAAUGGUUCAGGCAGGGUUCGAUAAGCGGUGUCGCGUUUCCCGUGCUGGGGAGCCGCUGAUGGCAGCCCGGCCGCUGGCGCUCCUGCUCACCACGUGCACGAGCUUCAGUUUCACAGUGUUCCACCCUCCGCUGUUUCUUCAUCUGAUCCCUCUUUUCACCUCCGCCCGCAUGCUGCUUCAUCCCUCUAUCUCUUGGCAGUGCCCUCCUUCACAGCUUCCCUUCUCCUUCCUCAGUCUACACUCAACAGGUUAAAAACUGCUUGGUUACCAUUCUAUAGAAAUUCGGUUUGGCUUUAAGGAAUCAGUAUUAACACGGCAAGAGUGAUUGUUUAGUAACUUCAACCUAUUCUUCCAAUUGCACCGCGAUGCCUCCUGCAUAUGAAAUAGGCCUACCGCCUCAAGGGGGAGGUAGACUUAUUCCUUUAAGCAUCAACGUUAAGAUACAAUUAAUAAUAUUGUUUUACGGGAAAGAUUUGCUUUGUUCGCACGUUGUGUGAUCACUUGCAAACACGUAUUUGUUUAUUUAGACAGAUCUCGGGAUUACUGCUUGACGUCAUGGUGCACAGCAGACUUAUUCUUGCUCUGACCAGAAAUAACAACACCGAGGGUAUAAACUAGUUUACAUCCUAUAAGGAAAUAUUUCAUCUGAGUUCAACAUGAGCUUAAAUUCUCAGUCAUCGCUAAUGUUUUCAUUGAUGCUAUGACUGGUCACAGACUGAACGGAUGAUGUUCGUGUCUACAUCAAUAACUUAUUAAUACGAGAUACCAUCACCUAUCGACGAGUAACUGGUAUUUACAGGACUCUCUGGGUGAAGUUCAACCAGCAGUUUCCCAGGGUUUGAAAAGAAACACUUUCACACGUUGUCUUUUUGCAAACAUUUGCAGAAUCAAAUUUAUUGAGAUUAUACUCAGAAUUGCGAUUGACAAUCAAAGGAUUAAUGAAAAAUAUCAUUAGCACAAACUGUAGGACAGCUGUGGACAUCCUUCCACGACAGUCCUCCACAGAUAGUCUAGUUUUCCAGGAACAAAUAUCCCAUAUAACAAAACGUCCGUGCGCUUAUGUGAAAACAGUGGGAUUUAGUCUAAUUGGGUUUGCAUCAUGUCAUUUUCUUGUGGAAUAUAUUUCGAACAUUGCCCGUAGGGAUGCACCCAGACGCUAACCACCUCACAAAGACGCAACUUUAUCGGGACAGUCAGUCCCAGUCCCUGACAGGUCUAAGUUUUAAAAGACGUCCCUGGGAGAUCACAGAGAAACCUUCUCCUGUUUUAUUACAGUUUAUACACCAACUCGACGAGAAUCCUCCUCUCCCUCCCCCCACACACUUUGAAAGCUGUUCUCGUUUACGUGUCAAUUCUGUCUAUUUCUGUCCUUGUCGCACUUUCAUCAGGACCACGGGAAGCCCCACUCCCCUCCUCACCCAUCUCCUCUUUGCUGCCACCGUUUAUUUGUCAUAUCUGAAUUAAUUCGUCAAGCUCAGAUGAAAAAUAGAUUAAAUUCUAAAAUAGUCACACCCAGUUUCCUCCGUGCGAGUCUUUUUUUUUUUUUUUUUAAAUAACCUAAUUCUUCAUGACAAGGUUUCGUGUUUCGUUUGUCGUGCUGUGAGGAGCAAAAAACGCCUGUCUUUCUACGAAAUGUUUAGAAGUAGUGAAAUAUUUAGACGAAGAUUACGUUUUUAUUAAGGGCACUUUUCUGGGUGGUAUCUCUCGUCAAUUUUUGGAGCAUUACACAUCGUAUUUAUGGAUCCUCUUCACUUUCAUUCGGCCGGGUUUUCCCCUUACCCAAAUCACUUACAAGCUAAUCAUUUAUUUUUACAGGACUUGUUGGACGAUGACGUGGGCAGUUGCAAUGCGACUCUUUUUAGUGAAACCUGCCUAAUGCCUCAUACUGCCGGAAACGCCUUAAACUUUCCCCUUGAACCCAGUUCUUGUGUACGGUAUUCAAGAAUAUGUGGGUUUACAAAUUAUACAAAUAUAUCUAAAUGAAAUCUGACCCGUCUUAAUUUGUGAGAAAUCAAUGCGUAACCUUAAUUAUACAUUUCCUUAAAAGCGCAAGGCUGUGAUUGAUCUAUUAGGCAAUUUGGGUGUUUUAUUUGUGUUAUUUUGUGAAUAGGUGGACCGCCGUUCCACAAUAAUCUUUUAUUAACGGAGAACUAAUCACCAGUCGUUGAAUAGUGGUAGGAAUCUGGACUUCGGGCUGGUUUUGCUCAUUCAGGCAGAGAGUUUACUAGACCUCAGUCAUUUCUUACGGACCAGCAUUCCUUAACUAGUCGCCUGGGUUUCCUAGUUCUUCACGGGGCUCUGUCCUGGCGAGGGGGAUCCGGGCGGACCCGUUUGCAUGAGAAGGCGGCGUGCAGUGACGUUAUGAGGCUGGUCCUUGUAAAGCCCACCAAUGAAACGGGCCGGCUCGAUUCGACUGGGUCAGCCCGCAAUGACAGGGUGCCCAAGCGUCCCAGCACUGGGGAGAAGCAACAACGGAGCGCCGCUUCUGGGGGGAUGCGCCAUCGCUACCCCGGUGCAGUGUCCCACCAGCAAACCACCAUUCCGGAGCAACACCUUGGCACCUUAGCGCAUCCCCAGAAGGGAGCGGCGAGUCCAGCCUCUUCGUUGUACAAUUUACCGCCUCCCCCUCCACCGAUCAGGCAGCGGAACCCCUCACUCUAUCCUCAGAGUCACCGGGAGCCGCCGAGCCCCAGUUCCUCCACCCAGACAGGCAGCCUCCCGUCCAUUGCCAGCAGAGGCUGCUUUCUCUCUAAUCAGCGCCCCCACCUGCGCCAGAGUCUCGGGGACACAGCCGAAGUCUCCGCUCAGAAGUGCCAAGGCGAUUCUUCCUGGGAGCGGAGCCCCCAGCCUCACGCCUUCGUACAACCCCCGCCGACGCUUUCGCCGGCGUCCGUCUGUGGAAACCAGGUCUGGGACUGCGAUCGGCACCCCGGCACCUGUAACAGCAGAGGAGGCGGGGGACAGCAAGGGCGACAGCAGCAGCGUGGUUGGGCACUGCAGGAGACUCGGCAUCUCCAAGCGCACCGGAGCGACCCUUCCUCGCAGGAGGCACGCCAGCCUACCGGUAUAAACACAGGGGAGCCGCGUCCGUCUCAGUCUCAGGACCUGCAACAGCAUCCACAGCCGCUCCUGCAAGCUCGGCAGCAGCGACUCGUAGGGAGCAGCCUGCCCAGCAACCGGGACCGGCGACCUGAGCACCGUGACCGCGAGAGGCUCACCGAGGUGGUCGCAAGCCAACGGACGCCUGAUUCGCAGCGCCAGUGCCGCCGAGCCGCCGUGGACCCCCCCGGCCACCCGCUGGAGAGAGACGGAUCUCCAGCCAGCAGCCGGAGGAGCAGCUCUCCAUACUGCUCCAGCAGCCGUCUGUGGCCGGCGGCCGAGCCCCGUCCGGGCGAGUACCGGAGCGAAAAGGACGAACAGCAGGUUGAUGCUGAAGCCACAACGCUGAGCCAUGCUGGAUCCAGGCUGCUUCUUCAGCAGAGCGCCGACACCUGCCCUGAGAUAGCCAUGAGCAGCUGCCGGUACAACGGGGGAGUAGGGAGGCCCCCGGGUGGCGAGCUGGACUCUGAGAUGCAGCCCCUGCAAACCCUGCGUAGCCCCGGCCUGGAGGUCGUGGUUUCCAAGGGUAAUGGCGAGGACCCCAGCAAGGCGUCCAGUGAGAGCCUGGCCAGAGAGGGCACCAGCGCACCGCAGAAAAAGAACAAGGACAUCGGAUACAAGCUGGGCCACCGGAGGGCGCUCUUCGAGAAGCGAAAGCGGCUUAGUGACUAUGCCCUGAUAUUUGGAAUGUUUGGGAUCGUCGUCAUGGUGACGGAGACAGAGCUCUCCUGGGGUGUCUACACUAAGGAGUCUUCAUACUCAUUUGCACUGAAAUGCCUUAUCAGCCUCUCCACUGUUAUCCUGCUCGGCCUCAUUAUCAUGUAUCACGCUCGGGAAAUCCAGCUGUUCAUGGUUGACAACGGGGCAGAUGACUGGAGGAUCGCCAUGACCUACGAGCGAAUCUUCUUCAUUGUGCUGGAGCUGCUGGGCUGCGCCAUCCACCCCAUCCCGGGCCAGUACUUCUUCACCUGGACGGCACGCCUGGCCUUCACCUACACACCCUCCGUGGCUGUAGCAGACGUGGACGUCAUCCUGUCCAUCCCCAUGUUCCUGCGGCUCUACCUGAUUGGUCGCGUCAUGCUCCUUCACAGUAAGCUCUUCACGGACGCCUCAUCGCGCAGCAUCGGCGCCCUCAACAAGAUCAACUUCAACACGCGCUUCGUUAUGAAGACUCUCAUGACCAUCUGCCCUGGGACAGUACUGCUGGUCUUCAGUAUCUCCUCCUGGAUCAUCGCCGCGUGGACCGUGCGCGUCUGUGAGAGGUACCACGACAAACAGGACGUCACCAGCAACUUCCUAGGGGCCAUGUGGCUCAUCUCCAUUACCUUCCUGUCCAUCGGAUACGGGGACAUGGUGCCACACACCUACUGUGGCAAAGGGGUGUGUUUGCUCACAGGGAUCAUGGGUGCCGGGUGCACAGCCCUCGUGGUUGCCGUGGUAGCCAGGAAACUGGAGCUGACCAAGGCCGAGAAGCACGUCCACAACUUCAUGAUGGACACACAGCUCACCAAGCGUGUGAAGAACACUGCCGCCAAUGUACUCAGGGAAACAUGGCUCAUCUACAAACACACCAAGCUGGUAAAGAAAGUGGACCCUGCCCGCGUACGAAAGCAUCAGCGCAAGUUCCUGCUGGCGAUCCACCAACUACGCAGUGUCAAGAUGGAGCAGAGGAAACUGAAUGACCAGGCCAACAUGCUGGUGGACCUGGCCAAGACGCAGAGUGUGAUGUACGAGCUGGUGUCGGAGCUGCAGGAGCGAGGCGAGGAGAUGGAGCAGCGCUUGGCCGUGCUGGAGGACAAGCUGGACGCGGUGGUGGCCAGCGUGCGGGCGCUGCCCGGCCUGCUCUCCAGGGCCCUGGCACAGCAGCAGAGCGAAGCCCUCGAGAGCCUCGCCCAGCGGCUCCGCCCAGCCUCCCUGGGCUCCGAGCGCUCAUGGCCUCCCGCCCGCCGGCGCCGGUCGCCCUCCACGGUGCCGCACACCUCCUCCGACAGCGGCUAGCCCGUCGUCCUCAGACCGCUGAAACCGCCACAGGCAAACGAGCGGACAGCAAACACAGCGUUUACGUUUAGCCAUUGUAUGGCUGUUCCUGUUAGCUUUUUUAUAAAGCCCAUGUUACUGAUUGGAGGAUGGGAGGUAGGCCUCAGGGGAGCCGCCGCUUGGCAUUCUGGGACAGGGAGCAGAAAAUGGACAGGACUUCCUAGCCUUUGGGGUGGGAGCUGGAGCUUUGACCUAGAGGAAGAGGGGAAGGGUUAGUGUGGGGGGGGGGAGUGAAGUGAGAGGCUGUUUAGGGAAUAAGCAGGGAGCUGAUAGUUUCACUGGCCAUAGAAGGGCGGAGCUUAAAGACACUUAUGCCAAGGAUUUAAAAUAGGCAGGAGGAGGUGAAUUUAAUAAGGGGCUGUCACACUCUCUCGCUGGCUGUUUACCACUCACAGUGCUGUCUGAGGGAAGACAUUACAUUCCUUUUUCCGACACAUUCCUCUAGAAAAUUUCAGAACGGGAAAUCUCGAAAUCAGCUGUGUGACACCAAAUAUUUUGUAACUCUCCCUUACAUGCAAUACUUAGCUGUUCUUAGAAAACUUUUACAAAUGUCUCUGAUUAACAGUGUAAGGUAACUAAGACUGCGGAUCUGACCUGCCAACGAUACACGACAUAAAAUCAGUGCUUCCAGAGGCCUUGACGGACAGGGGGUCGGGUGGGAAAAGUCAGGCCACACCCACUGUAGGUAUGACGUGUUGAUUCCACCCCUUAUGUCAGUCUUUUCUCAUUUUUAAUCAGGUAUUAGAAGGAAUAUUUGUAACAUGGAGUAUUUUAACACUAACCUUAACAUAAACUGUAUGAUUUAAGAACUUAAACUGCACUGAUGACAGUUUUGGUGGGUUUUACAUAAGAUACACCUCAUCGAUCCAAGGAUAAAUUCUUAAAGAAUUUUAGGGCUCGUGUGGGAUCUGAACCCAGCACCUCUUUGCACCCAAAGCGUGAAACGUAACCCUAGACCCAUAAACCAUGGUCAUACCCUUGAAUGCUGAUCUUAAAGGAAAAAAACUGGAAAGUGAAGGUUUUGGUUUGUCUUAAGUGGCACUAAAGUGCCAGACAGAUAAACAUUGUAGUGAGCUGCAGCUACACAGUCCUUAUAAAGUGACACCUUCACGACCUGUCCAGCCUCCUCCAGUGUGUCUCCAUAUCAACCCUAAUUAGGAACUUUUUGUUCAUCUUUCUUUGCAUUCAUAUGCUCUAGGGUGACACUCAGCCCUCUCUGAAUUUGGGUGGCUCACCAUUCGGUUACCACCCCUUUCACACACUGGCAUGCAUCAUUCCCUGCCGUCUGAUUGGUGAACUCACUUGUGCAGGGUCAUACCAUGAUAUGCACAGGGAGGCCCAUCAUGAGGAUUUGCUCCCCAACACUUAGGACUGUAGGACCUGGUCUUAAAUCCUGCCAAAAAGUCAUAUUCAUGUAUGGAAACAGUUAUAGUAUAGUACUGAUUAUCACUGAAUUUACACGCCAUUAUGCUACAGCCAACUACAAUUAAGCAUCUAUUCAUGUCAUUUCUGAGUAGUGAGAUGAGAUUAUUUUUUAACAUGUGGGUAAGAAAUUUAAGAAGAAAUGUAUAAUCACACUUUUGUAUUUGAUACCAAGUUAUGCAUAUCAGUUAGCACUGGAGGUAUAAAGUAUAAUAAAGGAAAUGCGAUGAGUCAUA